AAAAUAUAAAGAAGCAGAGCCAUUAGAAGAUAAUUCAUUAUGAUAUAACAAAGAAACGAUAAGAUUAUAUAUUUAAGAUGCAAGCCCCAUUAGGAGUCUUGACUGAUUUACGAAACUUCUUGAAUGGCUUAUCCGGAUCACCAUCCACGUCUAAAAGCAGAACCGAAGUUGACAGUAGUGUAGUGGUUAAAACAGCAACCAACCUGUUGAAGAACUUUCCAGCUGCGCGUGAAGCUGUCUUAUUUUAUUUCUGUCAAGUUAUUGAUGAUUCAAUUAAGUUACACCUCUCACAGUCACAAAUUCAAAACGACAACCCAGCAGCUAAGAAGCGAUUGGUUGAAAAAGAAGCUGCAGUGGCAUUGAUACAUGAAGCUUUAUCAUCUCUCAUCAAGUGGAAUCCCAAGGGAUGGGCUCCAAUAAUUUCAACGUGGUCAUUGAGAUUACUUGGCCAAAUGUCCUCUUAUCAUUCCCCACAUCUACAACAUGGUCAUGCAAACAGAGGUUUAAACGACACACUACAGGUAUGGCUUGACUGCCGAGCCACCAGAAUGCUCAUAGACCUGACAACCCAAUCACUGGAAGACCUCAGUCAGUCAGAAACUGGUGCAUGUAUCAAUGCACUCUUGGAGACAAGUGUGGAGCACAGUCCACAUUUUGAUUGGGUUGUGGCACAUAUUGGUGGCUGCUUCCCUCAAACUGUAGUCACAAGAAUCCUUGCCUGUGGACUUCAGGAUUUCAUACUUUAUGGCACAGAAUCAGGAAACAUCUCUCCAAAACUACAUUCAGUUGUUGGCAUAUUGGCUCACCUCUCCUUUUCUCAUGCUACCAACAUCCAGAAAGCAGUACUGGACCUCUUUCUGACAAGCUGUACUGAUAUGAACGAGCAACACACCGCAGUAGUACCAUAUUUACUCCAACUGUCUUCAUUAUCACAGGAUCUGCUGGAUAUCAUAGUAGAGCAAGGAGUCAAGGCAAUCAAUCAAGAUACUAUUCCAUGUUUCAUUAAGCAAGCAGCCAUUUGGACUAGCAAAUAUUUCAGCGGAAGGGAGGCUUUGAUCAACCUUAUGGUACAACAAGUUGUUCGUUGCCGCCAAGGUGGUUUGGCUAUAGUCAACGUCCUUCUUCAAUAUGGAGCUCGUCAUCAGCCUACUUUUCCGCGAGAAGUGGCUUCUGAAUUUCUGGAAAUGCUACUGAAUGAAGCAGCACAAUUGGUGCAAGAUUCCGGCCGUGUUAUGCCAACAGAUGUCCCAUUCCUGCAGAGUCUACAGCCUCACGUCAGUAACCUAUGCCAGUUGCUGUUAACACACGACACUUGGCAGCAAGGAAGCGUCCUAAGACUACUAACACUGAUGGCUCUUCUGCAAGGCCCAGCUGUGUCAAACCAUGUCGUCACAUUGCUUUUGCAGAAAAAAGACCCAGUUAAAAUUGUUUCGCUCAUUCGUUGCUAUUUAAAAUCUGUGCAAGGAUUGCACAGUCAAGUGGUUGAUACUUCUGUUCACGAAGCGUUGACUUUUCAAGGCCGUAAUUUGGAAAAUACCCUUUUAAAUGUUCUUCAGUUGGUAAAGUUGGAGCAGCUUGGAGAACCUGGAGCCGAAGUGAGAUGCAAAUUUCAAUCGGCACUCAACGCGAACUUGGAUUUCUUUCCUGGCCUAUUCUUCCAGGAUGGCCAGAUUCCCCAUUUGGCUGUUCGGUUGCUUAAUAGCAUCCGGCUGCCAGAAGUCAUCCAUCCACGACUGAUAGCCAAGUUAUCUUACAGUAGCGUUCCGCACUUCUUCACGGUGUUAUCCAUGCGUGGAGAAGGCAACAAGAAAGAAGGACAAAAGAUCCUGGCAACCUUGUCCAGUUAUCCGAAUGGUCAGGCACUUAUCUUGCGCCUGCUUAUGCAAGGUGUUUUUAGCGAAGAAUGGAAAUCACUCUUUGGUGCCGAAACUCAACCUCAGAAACAUCCUAAAGGAACAUCGUCUUCCGCCUCGCUUUUGAUGCAAAAUAGGAACUUUUGUUCCAGCGUAACUUUACCCCAAAGGCAUUCUUCUGUUUUUCACGCUGGUAUCAUAGGUAACGGCAUCCGCAAUCGUCACCUGGCCAACACCAACUCGGAAGGCUCCAACGAUUGCAACGUCGAAGAAGUGCGGUCUCAUAUCAACUUAUUAUUGGACACGCUAAGCCAAUGCUGUUCCUUUAAUCCGGGAGGAAUGACUCAACUCUCUUUACUUCUUGUUGAAAUCGUCUCACCAGAUGUCAUGUUCAACGGAUUAAUUUGGCCAGAUGAAGAAUUUACCAAAGUAACAGUUGAGAGGGAUCUGCAUAUUCGUCGUUUUGUACAAGACAACGUUGUCGUGUGGGAUCUCUUGAACUUGCUGGCGCAUAACCGGCCGGCCUUGUGUUAUUGCUCCGUAAUAUUGCGGGCCAUAUUGGCUACGUUACUAUCUCAUUGGGCCAAUUGCCAAGAAAGACAAGCAAAGGACAGUCGCGAUGCAUUGGACAUGACUUGCAAGCUGAUUGAACUGAUGGCGACCGGACAACUCUUACCUCCUCCCCUUUCCUAUUUAUCAGAGAUCAUCGGUCAUAUUUCUCCGCACGAAGUCCAUGUUUUGCUGAAAGACGUUUGGGCAUUCAUGAGAGACAAUAUACCAACACCGGCACUCUUCGGAGCUAACGAACGGCCGAGUUCGAGCUUAUGGCGUGAUCUGUCAGACUACAAAAUGGAUCCACGAUACACGGAACGACUUCGCUUAAUUAUGUUGGCGAAUAUCGCAUCCGUUGGCCAUCUUUACCCUCGCUUUCUCGCACCUGAUCAAGAUUAAAUAUGAAAAUGGCUUAAGGCAAGCACCAAAUUGAAAUACAAGAAGGAUACUAUUCAAAAUUGAAAGAUAUCAUUUUGCCGAAUAUGGGAUUUUUUGUUUCCGUUGAUAAAUCGUGAAUUAGAAGAUCCGAUUUCUGCUUUCAAAAUGGCA